AUGCUUAUCUGCAGUGAUGCUGUGAAUCGUGCUACAACGGCGAUGCUUUGCGAUGAGUUUGCAGAAUUCUACAUUACAUGCAAUCCUCCGCUGCUGCCACGAGGCGUCAAGCACAUCAUCAAUUCAGUCAAGUCAGCCUGUACGAAUGGCGAGCUGUAUGAAAUUCUAUACGAGCCGGACAUCCCAUGGUUCAAGUGUUUUACCAUGGGCAAGCACAAAGAAUCUGUGACUCGCAUUAUUCAAGACCUUAUGCUUGAAUUGGUGAACCUUGAAGUUGCCCGUCCUGACUUUGAUGUCCAAAAAGACGUGGUUGACACCGACGUUCUUCAAGCUGAUGCCACAAUGAAAGCGCCGGAACCACGUUUGGCAUCAUGGAUGGUGUAUCAAUCACACGGUACAGACAAAUAUGAUGAAUUCAUUGAGUACCAAUAUCCAGCGUUCAUGGCCUCUCUUCCACACAAGGCAAUUUGGAGAGGACUUGAGAACUCAAGUGGCUCUUUUGAGAAUUUCUUAUCUGCAUUCCGCCUUCUAAUCAAAUCCGAGAAUGCUCCAGCCACCACCGCCGACUUUGCUCUUUGUAAUGAUUGUCAAAUCACUUGCAAUAUGAGACAAAAUCUGGUAUACAUCGGAUCUUCUACUUCAGCGGCGGCCCUCAAGAAGGUGCUUAGAAAGCUUGAAACAAUGCUGAAUCUCUUGUCAACCAAGGUCAAGGUAGUAACACACUCCAUUCUGCCUGAAGGACCAGAAGAUGUCCGACUCGCAUACAGAUGGCUGCACCGGAUUGGAUUGCACCAGGCGACGUUUGCCGUUCCAUGCGGCAAUCUUACCAUAGCAAAUGAGUACGCAUUGCUUCUGAAUGCGGCUGCCAUCCGAAUGGAGAAGAAGAACAAGGUUGGGCGCUGGGUACCUGAUGAAACUGUAUACCCAUUGCAAAGUGCACCGAAAACCAACGUGGGACAAGGAUUUAAAGUCUUCAAGAACUUUCAUCCCCGUCCCAAGCCACGAUUUGCGGACAUUCGCCCGAUGCCAUAUGGACCACAGCCUGCAGGGAAAGAGGCCUCUUCGUCCGCAGAAGCACAAGAACCCAAACCAGAUGCAGGCAAUAUGGAGUCGGCUAUGCUCGGACAAGGAGCUGAAGAUUGCCACGGAGCCCCGGGCCCAGAGCUUUCCGGCGGGGAAAAUCUUCCUCUCGACGAAAAGCCGCCUAUCUUAGGUCGACAGACUCAUACAUCUGCAGUCAAAGAAGAAGAUUCAGCAGAACUUGUACAGAGAUCGCGCUUUGUUGAGACAUUACUUCUAAAUUCUCCCCCACCACAGUCAUAUCGCGACAACCUUAUAGACUGGGUAGAAGGCGUAGAAGACGUGGCUCCAUCUGAGUCUGAGAUAAAUGACUUCAAACAAGAUGAGCUUCUCAUCUCCUUUGAUGCGUCAAGCAACGAGUCUCUGGGCGGUAUCGAAGCUUUCAAUGCUAUGGAACCAAGCCCAAUGAACGAUGAGCUUCGAAGUCUUCACGAAGGAAUCAUGCAACUUGAUCAAUUUGAACAAUCUGAUGAUCUGAUAUUGCUGGAUAACGAACCAGAAGCCCCAAGAGCGAAUAUUGUGCGAAAAUCAGAUAACGACCUAGCUGAUAUGUGUCUCUUGAGCGGCGAAAUACCUCAAAUCGAGAACGCGUUUUGUCCUGUGCUGGACAAAGACGCCACAGCGUUGGACGAGAGCAAUCCUCUUGAAGCUUGGAAGAUGAAUGCAUUUUCUGAUGGCUUGGUUCGUUUUGGACUAAUAGAAGAAACACCGAGAAAAGUCUACCGAACAAUGAAUCAACAAGCAGGCCGUGCCAACAGCAAAGCAACCAAGGGGUCUGCUCCUCACCAGCUUGAAGAAGCUGCAUGCCGAGAGCGUAUACAAAAGAAACUCGACGCUCUUGGACCUCCUACUGAACAGAAGAGCGAAGUGAAAGAUGUGCCCAAGACCCGUGAGGUGAGCCAGGACUCGGUAUCUGGCCCGCCUGCUGAAAAACCGUCGGCGGUUAAGAACCCUCCAAGUCAAGCGGAUUCUAGUAAAGAUGACAUAUUUACUAUAACCCGUAUUGAAAAGCCCGCAUUGAGCCAGAAAAACAUUUCACUGGCAAACGUCGUCCUACCUGGCCCUGCAGCCAGGCGGCUAUUACACAGCCAAGUCACAGAGUCUUCCAAUGUCUGUGGGAGUUCUGCACCUCGGCGUCGUUCUCCUGGAAAGAGUAGUGUUGCUACAGUAGGAGAGCGCCCGACUGUUAGAGCACCGGCUAAAAGAGGACCAAAUCCAGUGUGUGAAGAUGAAUUCCCACCACUUGGAGGAGGUCCAUCGUCGUCAAAGAAACAGCUGUCGAGCUCUCGGCCUCCGCAAAAGUGGCAGACAGUUGCCAAUUUACAAACUACCAAUGAGCAAGUGCGACCCUUAUCGACUGAGGUAUUCCCUUUGACAAGUGGUGUGGGUAAGAGAAAGUCCAAGGAGCCGAAAGACACCAUUCCCGAAAAUCACUUUGACUACGCUGUGCCACAGAAGAGUGACAUUUUGCGUCGUUCGGAAGACUGUCUCAAAGCAAUGUCGCAGGUCCUUGAGCCAUCUCCGGGUCACGUUUCAUUAGAAGUUAUUUUUGGACGCAUCUAUAUCAAAAAGCUGGCUCCAAGUAUGGUGAAAGAUAGCGCUUCUGAGUAUUCAUAUCAAUCAGUCACUGAGGCGGCCAACUUUUUGAACGGCUCUAAAUUUCCACCGGAUUGUGUCGGCUUCUCCCCGAUUCUAUCGACCAUGGGAGGUGAUGCAGAUCUGCUCGCCAAUAUUACGCCGCCGGGCGAUUUGCCAUGGCGCCUGUCUGAGAGAGAAAUCUGGUACGAUUUUCAGUGCAAACUUCCUGACUCUCGAGAUGAAUCCUUCGUCCUUGAGCUGAACGCCAAGACAUUCCAAUAUCGAUGCAGGGGCCCACGUAAGGAGCUUUUCUCCAUGUACAUGCACUGUCCUGGGAGAGCUUGGGACAUGAAGGCUCGUGGAGCUCGGUCUUCUGCUCUGGGAGGCGAGGCGAGAUUCGUAUGUUUUGCUGCGUCUCUGUUUGAGCAUAUGGCCAUCCAUGUCAAUGACAACAAUGGCGAUGUAACAAUCGAAUUUUCCGAGAAUGCAGGUCUCAACACCGCCGUCAAAAGCAUCACCAUGCGCCAAGUGGCAGAAUAUCGCCACCAAGGGAAAGCCGAUAAUUCCCUUCUCUCCAUCACGAUGAAGUAUAUAUUGAAAGAGGGCAUCUCUCCAGUCAUGUGCGACCGUAAUCGGAUUAAAAUAGCAGACAGGAGAAAUUUUACCACUCCUGACGGCUCAGCGAACAGCGCUUUGCCUCAUCAAUAUAUGGAAGCGAGUAUAACGUCUGCUCGUCUCUCCUCUUUGUUUGAGGAGAAUGUUCAGCUCGAGAGCGGUAACAAGGCUGCUUGGGAUAUGGACCUCCUCGACGGUGAAGGCGUUUUUGGAGAUAUACUUCGGCCAGCGUUUGGUAUGGUCACGCACAUGGAUUCAAUCGGGGCGUCAAAUAAUACCAGGAGAUAUGUCAGUAACACUGACGCAUUUCACGAGCCAGUUGUUGUUUCGACUGGCAAAAAGAAGAUGAUGGAGUUUUGGUGA